AUGUCUCCUCCAUCUCAACCUCAAGUCAAUGGCAGCUCGUACGCUGCAGUAGCCAAGGAGGGAAUCGAUCAUGACGACACGAGCAAAGUAGUCCACAGCACAACCGAGGCGGAUGGACUGCGGAAAAGAGACAGAGCUACCGUGCAAAGCGGAGCGUUGGGCGCUGCGCUGACUGGUGCGGUGCAAAAACAACGUCGCCGACGUCUUCACGGCCCUCCACCCGGAGCGGGCUUCGGUCCGAUGUACAGCGUGAUGCGCUUCAUCGGUGAAAGGUGUGCUGCCCACUUCUUCAAACGGGUAGAGAUCAUUGGAGGAGAAGAUAUACCGAAGGAUGGACCCAUCAUUGUUUGCGCUACUCACUUCUCCACUAUCAUGGAUGUGGCUCUAAUCUCGGCAUACUUGCCGCACCGUCGUCCAAUCCACUACUGGGCCAAAAGGGGCUUGUACAAGCGUCAGCCUUUCAGGUGGAUUCUGCAUUCCAGCGGCAAUAUCAUGGUGGAUCGUAAGACGAAGGACAAUCAAGACCUGUUUGCCGGUACUUUUGAAGCCAUGAAAGCAGGAGAGGCCAUUGGUUUGUUCCCAGAGGGCGGCUCAUAUACUGAGCAUCGAUUGCAUGGCAUGAAGGCCGGAGCUGCCUGGGCCGCUCUCGAAUUUGCCAAACAUCUCGUGUUGGAGGGCGCGGUCAAUCCAGCAAAGACGAAGCUGCUCAUCGUUCCAGCCUCUCUAAACUACACUGAAAAGAGCCGAUUCAGAGGCGACGCCAUCUUCCAAUACGGCAAAGCCUUCUCCAUCGACGACUUCACGCGCGAAUUUCUUGCUGGAGCAGCGCAAGAUCUGCAAGAGUCCUACUUUGCUCAACCAAGGUCGUCAGGGGACACCGCCUCUGGCGCUGCUACUCCGGCAUUUCCUGGUCACUCUUUGAAGCUCGGUCUAGACACAGCCACAGCCUCUGGUCCGUCCGCGCCGCCCACGCCUGGGCUUGGUGGCCCCACCACUGGAGAGCAAGAUGCCGCUGCAGCUGCCAAGCGGGCCGUCGCGAAGCUGACGGACAAGAUUGGGGAAGAGAUACACAAAAUGACCAUCGAUGCUCCCGAUUGGAAGACUUGGCAUGCCGCCAAAAUGGCAAGGGAGCUGGUCUGGUGGCGACCUGCCAUGGUGCCUCUCAAGGAUUUUGUCGAAAUCACUAAUGCAUUCAUCUCGCUGUUCGACUCUUCGGAGUUAGUUGCCGAGGAGGCAAUGGAUGCCUUGUUCACUCUGCAGGCCGUCUCUUUGGCAGCUCGAACAGAGGUGUUCACGCUGAACCACCUAGCACGGCGGAUGGCACCUGCAACAGCGCGGACCGGCUGGGGAUCCAACAGAGGUCAGCUAGAUGCCAGAAGAGCAGCGAGCGCUUUGCCAUCCACUUCGUCUGCUGCCAUCUUCGUGCUCGACGAGGCCUUCAAGCUGGCCCUUAGACUCCCUCACAUUGCCCUCAUGGCGGUGAUCUAUGCUCCUGCGUACAUCGUCGGAGCUAGUCUGAGCUUGAAGUACGCUAGUCACGAAGAAGAAAGCAUGGCUAGCGCCAAGGCUUUGUGCGCUUUUGUAAUUGCGUUCUUGACGCAUGCCGUACUGGUCACUAUCGUAGCCGCGCUAUUCCUCUUCACUCCACCAGGCUGGGUACUUGGGCUGGCGGCGUCCUGGAUGGUGGAGCGCGUGCAUCUGGCUCUCAUCGAUGAUACUUACUUCCGUUUCAAGAGGCUUCACGCCGGCGCUCGAGUCUUGUUUGCCACGCUUCCAUUCUCUGGCCCACAGCUUGGUCUCAAGACUCGAGAGGUUGCCAUUGCUCUCAGCGCGUAUGGAGACGGAUCGCCGGUGCAGCACACUUACCGCAAGGCUUUGCGACAGAUGGACAUGAAGAGGCCUCAACCUACACAGCUAGUGGGAUUGGCUCUCGCUGCGCAUUCGGAAGCUGCAAAUGCGCUCAAGGAUCUGUUGGAUGCGGUCGAGAGGGAUGCGAAAGAGGAUGGAGAAGCUUUUUGGGCUAGCCAGAGGGAUGCGGCUGCUUUUAUCAGGGACCGCAUGCCCCUGCCCAGUGCUAGGCUGCGCAUCAAGAAGGCCUAG